CCGCGGGGCGGGCGGGGGAAGAGAGCACUGGGCGUACGGAGGGGGCGGAGGGAGAACGAAGGGGACACUGAGGGACGAAGAGCCUUGGGGCCUGCGCUAGGGCGGGAGCGGCGCGGAGUGGAAGGAGAGCGCUCCUUCCUAUGUGCCCUAGAGCAUUGAUUAAGCUUCUGCGGCGUGCAGGACCCUACCCUUGAGCCCGCCGCCCCCAGCCCUUACAGGGUACUCUCGUGCUACGGAGUUGAGAAGUGCGGUCGGUGAAAUGGGAUGUGUAGCGGAAAAGUUGAACUUCCAGGCCCCUGGUGGGUUCUUUCCUGGAAGGACUUACUGAUCUAUGGUAUAAAAAGCCCCUGUCUCUCCCUACCGAUAGUACACAGUCCCAUAAUUGGGAAGGGAGGAAUGUGGGCGAAAAGUCCGAAUUUUAGAUUACUCGAGGCAGCCUUCUGGAAGAACAUUUACUGGGUGCCUACUUUGUGUAAGCCUUACCCCAGGCCUUGGGCCUCGCCCCAUGGGAGUUCUCUGGAGUGUGGGGCUGUAAACAAGGAAGAACUGAACUCUUGGGCUCCGGGUUGACUACUUUCAGGAAGAUACCUUAUUGGGUGGCCGUUGUGUGCAGGGCCCAGGCGACUCGUAUAUUAGUGAGGGAGUUGGGAUUUGUAGUUAAGAAAAAGUAACUCCUGGGCCUUUAGUGAAUCAUUUAUUCGAGGAACAUUUAUUGGAUAUCAGCUGGAAACAGAGUCAUGUGCUAGGCUGUGUUAUUGUGGAAAUUCACGGUCUAAUAGGAAAGUUGGCCUGGUGGAAGAAUGGGCACAGGGAGAGUUAAGCUCUCAUGGCCUCACUUCCUGGAGGGAGCAUUAUUCAUUCACAGAAUAUCUACUGAGUACCUGUUGUGGGCUAAUCAUUGUUCUUGGUGCUGGAACCACAUCAGUGAUGAAGAGACUAACAUCCCUCCGGGAGCUUAAUAUGAGCAACUUUGCAUGCCUGCGUGUAAGCUGAGUUCCACCAGCCCUCUGGCAUUAACAGAUGAGUUAAAGACUGAGAGAGUGGAGACUGGAUUCAGAAAAUUAGCAGGGGGUAGGAGGGCAGUCAUUUGCUAAAGUGCCUCUGAGCCCCUGCUGUGUAAAGAGGCCUGGGUUGAGCCCACGCAUGUAGAAGGGGAGACAGGGCACAUAGGCGGAGGUUCAGAAGUUAAAAAUCCCUGGCCCAGGUCCGUGGUUUUGUUGGUGACAUCAGCCCCUACAGUGAAUCAGACCUGCCCUGCCUGCAUGCUCAGUCUGGAGAGGAGCACAGACCGCAACCCGGACUCAUGAUAGUUGCUAUGAUAGAGGUGGCACAGGUUACCAUAGGAACCCAAAGGAGGAAGGAGUGGAUGGACAUCACCCUGAGAAUGUAGAGAUGUUAUCAGAAAAGGCUUCACAAAGGAAAUGCUGGGCAGGAGUUUGCUGGACAAGAAGAGGAGAGAACUCUCUUGGCAGAAGGAAUGGCAACAGCAAAGACUUAGGACUCAAAAACAGAAUCUCUGGCGAACUCCCAAGUCAUGGUUCUGUCUAACCUUUCUCAAGUACCAGGGUGUUUGUGGUCAGUACUACUUUUACCCCGUUUCACAGGUGACAAAACAGUCUCAGAGGAAGUAAGUGGUGGAACGCAGAUUCAAGCCAAGGGCGGUCCGGUCCAGAAGCCUGCGCUCUCAAACACUGCUGCAUGUCUAUGCCCGGCACCCUGGGGCAGGGGUCGGCUACAGAACCACAGGUUCAUUGAAGACGGAGGCGUGAGCACUGGAUGCAGGCUUGCCGAUUGACAGAGGCUGGCACUACUCUCCCUCCCCACCAUGGCAGAGGUGGCGGCUGAGGUGGCCGAGGCGGCCGAGAUGCCAACACAGAUGUCACCAGGGGCGAUGGAGACGUCAACACCGAUGUUAGGAGAGAUGACGGAGAUGUCAACAGAGGUGACCGAGAUGACACCUGGGGAGGCCCUCGCCUCCUCCCUUUUCUUCCAGCACCACCAGUUCAUGUGCUCUGAGUGCGGCAGCCUCUACAACACGCUGGAGGAAGUUCUCUCUCACCAGGAGCGGCAUGUGCCUGCUGUCACAGAGGAGGAGGCGCUGGUCACCCAGGAUGCUGGCCUGGAGCCAGAGCUCAUGGCGGGCACCGAGGAUGGGCCUUUCCAGUGUGGGGAGUGCAGCCAGCUCAUCCUGUCCCCUGGUGAGCUCCUGGCCCACCAGGACGCCCACCUCCGGGAGUCUGUGAGCCAGAUCCAGUACCAGUGUGGGGACUGCCAGGAGCUCUUCCCCUCGCCUGAGCUGUGGGUGGCUCAUCGCAAGGCCAGGCACCUUUCUGCUGCGGCGGCCGAACCACCGGUGCUGCCCCCUCUGCCUCCCCCGGCACCGGCACCUCCCCUCCCUGCUCCACCCGAAGUGAAGAUGGAGCCCUACGAGUGUCCCGAGUGUUCCACCCUCUGUGCCACUCCCGAGGAGUUCUUGGAGCAUCAGGGCACCCACUUUGACUCCCUCGAGAAAGAAGAGCGCAAUGGGCUCGAGGAGGAGGAAGAAGAGGAGGAGGAGGAAGACGAUGAAGAGACGGAGGAGGAGGAGGAGGUGGUGGCAGAGGUUGGUGAUGACGCCACGGGAGGCGACAGGGCCACAGCCGGCCGGGCCAGGGGCUGUGGGGACUGUCCCCCCCGCUGGACGUCAGCCGAGGCACGCCGGCGACACCGGCGGGCAUCCCGCGGCCCGGCAUCGGCAGCCCACCCCUUCCACUGCGACCAGUGCCAGCGCAGCUUCAGCUCGGCGAACCGGCUGCUGGCUCAUGGGCGGGCGCACGUCGGCGGCACGCACGAGUGUACGACCUGCUCCAAGGUCUUCAAGAAAGCGGCGUCGCUCGAGCAGCACCUGCGGCUGCACCGCGGCGAAGCCCGCUACCUCUGUGUGGACUGCGGCCGCGGCUUUGGCACGGAGCUCACGUUGGUGGCUCACCGGCGGGCACACACCGCCAACCCCUUACAUCGCUGCCGCUGCGGCAAGACGUUCAGCAACAUGACCAAGUUUCUCUACCACCGGCGCACCCACGCGGGCAAGAGCGGGGCGCCCCCCGCGCUGGCGGCCGCCUCCCCGGCUCCGGCCGAGCCCUCGCCGCCGCCGCCGCCGCCGCCGCCCCCCGCCCCGCCCGCCCAGCUGCCCUGUCCACAGUGCUCCAAGUCCUUCGCCUCGGCUUCCCGGCUCUCCCGGCACCGGCGCGCGGUCCACGGGCCCCCCGAGCGGCGUCACCGCUGCGGCGUGUGCGGCAAGGGCUUCAAGAAGCUGGUCCACGUGCGCAACCACCUGCGGACACACACGGGCGAGCGGCCCUUCCAGUGCCACUCGUGUGGCAAGACCUUUGCUUCUCUGGCCAACCUCAGCCGCCACCAGCUGACCCACACGGGUGCGCGUCCCUACCAGUGCCUGGACUGUGGCAAGCGCUUCACGCAGAGCUCCAACCUGCAGCAGCACCGGAGGCUGCACCUGCGGCCCGUGGCCUUCGCCCGCGCACCCCGCCUCCCCAUCACCGGUCUGUACAACAAGAGCCCCUACUACUGCGGGACCUGCGGCCGCUGGUUCCACGCCCUGGCAGGCCUGCGACUGCACCAGCGUGUCCACGCCCGAGCCCGGACCCUGACCCUGCAGCCGCCCCGAUCGCCACCUCCUGCCCCGCCCCCGCCCCCUGAGCCUCAGCAGACUAUCAUGUGUACGGAGCUGGGGGAGACCAUCGCCAUCAUCGAGACGUCCCAGCCUCUGGCACUUGAGGACACGCUGCAGCUGUGCCAGGCCGCCCUGGGGGCCGGGGAGGCGAGCGGGCUGCUGCAGUUGGACGCGGCCUUCGUGUGACGCAGCCGAAGAGCAGCAAUAAAAGAGUUUGGUUGCAACAACAAUCGUGGGCACCUCCGGGAGAGAGGGGACCACCCCCUGGCAAGCCACUCUGGCACCUGAUUGGGUGCCAAGAUCCACCCUGGCCUCUUACCCACUGACUCCUCACAACGGCCCUGCCGGGUGUGUCUUGUCACUUUUCUCUGCCUCGGGGUAAACUGAAGCCCUGAGACGGGACGUGAUCUGUCCCGGGUCCCCCCGGUGCGUUGCAGAGUAGCAUUUGCCUAGGCUCUUUGCUCUGCACCUGUCACCCUGGUGCCCAGCAAUGUCAGGUAACCUUUCCUGAGCCCCGACCACGUGCCAGACCUGUGCUGGGCACUGUUGCAUACCUCUGCGGGUUCUCGCUUGUCCCCAAGACUGUCACCUUCCCUGGACCCUGGGCAUACAGGACUUGGCUCUGCCUGGUGGAGAGAGAGGUACUGGACUUCUCUGGGCUUCCUUAAGCUCACUUUUGACAAUACGGAAGGAAAUCUCUAGGUACCCACAUACUCAGCUGCAGGCUGGGUGAUGCUGGAACCCCGGGAAUGACUCAGACCCAGACCCACGCUCUACCCCAGAAGGUGCUCAGUGGCAGUGGAGUUCACACAAGUACAGAUGGCCUUGCUCUCUGA